GCAGUGACAAUCCAAAACAUUACACAGUGUUUACAAUAGUUCGUGAAUUAUGCUACGAUUUGUGAUGACAUUACUGAUUUAAAAACUUUUGCAAAUCGUUUGUGGUUAUUACGAACAUACAGCUGAUCAGGUACAAUUUCAUCGCGGUGACCAUUUGCGCGCCAUCUCCGUCGCUCCUAGCAUAGCGGGCUAUUCCUAGACUGCUCGCACGCGUGUCGAGUGCGGACGCACAUGCUUCGUAGUGUGAAUAAAUCAUAAAUCAUAAUCAUCGGCUUGUGAUAAUAACUGCAGUAUGAACACUCAAUGUGCGGCUUGUAAACAAAAUAUAACCACGGGCAAACCAAUAAAAUGUUCAGUUUGUGAUGCUUACUAUCACAAAAUAUGUGUCAAUGCAACAUCAAUUGACACAAACAAAAAACGCGACUCGUGGUCAUGUCCAUCUUGUCGCUCCAAGUCUCCUCGCACAUACCAUAAUAAUGAAACACCUGUUCAGCUGUCAUCUAGUGAUGCUGAUAUCAAUGGCUCAAAUGUUAACGUUCAGUCUCGCGCCCAUAAGCGUGCGGCUGUUGGUUCUCCUGUGAGUGAAAGGCAUGAGGCGGAAAACUCGAAAUCGUUCGCUGAUCUCAUCUCAGAAAUUAGAUACUUGCGGACGGAUAUGGUUGAGGUGAAAACGACCUUAAAGUCCUUACUCGAUGACAUAUUUAAGUUUAACGGUCGUCUGGAUAGCUACGAUGACAGGCUUAAAUGUUUGGAGCAAAGUAAUCCACAAUCGCUUAUAGAAAAAUUGGAACGCGACUUUACACAAACAACAGAUUUUAUAGCGUCGGAACAGAAUGAUUUAAAGGUAAAAUUGGAGGCAACAAACAAAAUCGUUCAUGACCUUGAACUUGAAAAGUCACAAACGCUAUUUGAAAUGUCCAAGCUGCAACGACGUUUAUUUACAAUAGAAAAAACGUCAAGGUGCCGUAAUCUGGAGGUUCAGGCCGUUCCUGAGCACCGCAACGAGAACGUUGAUCUUAUUUUCAAGAAACUUUGUGAGAAGCUUGGUGUCCUCGUAUCAGAAAGCGAUAUAAUAUCGUGUCGAAGAGUUGCAAAGCUUAAUCCUAUUUCAAACAGACCACGAAACAUAUUAGUAACAUUGAGAUCAGAGCGGUUGCGUGACCAUGUCAUAUCAGGCCUUAAAAGAUACAACAAAGAGCAUCCAAACAAUUCUUUGAACUCUGGAGCCUUGGGUAUCUCAGGUGAAAGCCGUAAAAUAUAUCUAAGUGAACAUCUCUCCCCGGAAUGUAAGGAUCUCCACGCUGCAGCUAGACAUGCUGCUAAGGCUCACUCAUUUAGGUUUGUUUGGGUAAAAUACGGCCGUGUUUAUUUAAAGAAGGAUAUAGAUUGUCCUGCUAUACACAUUAAAAGUAAAGACUGCUUGAAUAAAUUGACGUAAUAUAUUGCAUAGUGCCUACAUUCAUUUUAUUUUAUUAUUGAAUUGUAAUCUGUAUCAUAUUUUACAAUACUUGUGUCUUGCUAUUUCAAUCAACAGUAUCUCUCUAAUUUAUGAAAAUUUAUUAUCAAAAUGUUAAUCGUAUUAGAAGCAAACUGAAUGAAUUAUAUUUAAAUAUACUAAAUGAGAAUUAUGACAUCAUAUGUUUAUGUGAAACUAAUCUCGAUAGUUCAUUCUGCGAUAGUGAGUUUGUGGAUGACAGGUACGUUGUGUUUCGAAGAGAUCGAGAAACAACUGGCUCUCGCAAGCAGACUGGUGGGGGUGUCCUGAUAGCGUGUAGAAGAAGUUUUAUUGUGUCCCGUCAUGGCGACCGUGAGAGCUCAUACGAGGAUCUGGCGAUAUCCUUGAGCUGUGAGGGAGGUUCUACAUUAUAUAUUUACUUGGUUUACCUACCACCCAGCCUUUGUGUUGAGGAAUAUAGCAGGUUCUUUGAGAGAUGUCAGGAUGCCGUGAUCGAUCACUCUGGUUUGAACGAAAGGAUCUUAAUAUUAGGCGACUUUAACAUACCGGGUGUUACUUGGGGGGGUGACGAUACAUUUCCUUGUCGUCAGCAGCCGCGAAGCGCGACCGACACUAAGUCCCACCUGCUUGUCCAAUUUUUAGACAUUACUGGAUUGCACCAGUACAAUCACGUACAUAAUGACAAUGGUAGGAUUCUUGAUCUUUGCAUGUCUGAUGUGGAGAGUAUUGUCGUUACUGACUGUUUGCCGUUGUCUACACCUGACCGCCAUCACCCUGCUAUUGAAAUAGAAAUCUCAACUAAUAGAACUAAAGUCAUGCCACAGAUAGUAAAGAGGAUCCCUAAUUUCCGUAAAUGUAAAACUGAUGGCUGCAUUGCUCAGUUGAAUGACGUGGAUUGGUUCGAACUAUUGAAUGAUCACGAUAUUAAUAUAAUAACUGAUCGCUUCUACGACGUUUUGGACAGAGUUAUUGCGGCGAAUGUACCUACCAAACGUAUUGGAUGUGUUAAGUAUCCAAUAUGGUAUACUCAUCACUUAAAGUCUUGUCUCGUAAAGAAAAUCGCCGUUCACAAGAGAUAUAAAAAGUUCAAAAAUCCUCGAGAUUAUGACGAAUUUUGCGUAUUACGUGCUCAAUCAAAAAAACUUAUAAAAAAUUGCUACCGUAACUACAUAGCCAGUAUUGAAUCAUCUCUAGCGACAACUACAAAAUUAUUUUUCUCUUACAUUAAGCAUAAAAGAAACAGCCGCGCAAUAUCGAAAACCAUGAAGCUAGGGAAUGAAACUGUUAGUGACGGAGGUAAAAUAAGUAACAUGUUUUCAAAAUACUUUGCAUCAGUUUUCGUGGAGGAGAGCGCUGACCCGGUGAGUAUUUCUUGUGACUUACCUCUUUUUAACCAAACUCUGUCCACUGUCUCGAUAACUGAGAGUAAAAUUUACAGGAAGUUGAUAAACUUGGAUCGGAAUAAGGGUGCAGGCCCUGACGCUAUCCCUCCUUGUUUCAUUCGAGACUGUGCCAAGGCCCUGGUGGUACCCCUUCACAUUAUAUUUAAUACCUCUCUAUCAUCGGGUGUAUUUCCUGCAAGGUGGAAACUAGCUCACAUAGUCCCAAUUCAUAAGGCUGGAGACAUUUCUGACUGCAGUAAUUAUAGACCAAUUAGCAUAUUAUCUACUUUCGCAAAAGUGUUUGAGUCUCUAGUGUAUGACCAGUUGUAUUAUCAUAUUCAACCGUUUAUACGUCCGGAACAACAUGGAUUUGUGAAGGGAAAAUCGACUGUCAGCAAUCUACUUGAAUAUACGAGCUAUAUCUCUGAAGCUUUUAACGAUCAUGUACAGGUAGACUGUGUCUAUACUGACUUUAGGAAGGCCUUUGAUCGAGUCAAUCACAGAAUGUUGCUUUGUAAGUUGGAUACUUGUUGGGGGAUUCAUGGUAGCCUUUUGCGGUGGUUGGAAUCGUACAUAGUGAAUCGGAGUCAAAUUGUGACCCUAGGAAGCUACAACUCCGACAGGGUAUCUAUACCCUCAGGAGUCCCACAGGGAUCUCACCUCGGUCCACUGUUCUUUAUAUUAUACAUUAACGACUUGAUUCCUAAACUCUUGAACCACUCAUUGUUAUAUGCGGACGAUUUGAAAAUUUUCUCUCGUGUUGGCAAUGUUACAGACUGUAACCAGUUACAGUCUGAUAUCAACACUUUGCUGGAAUGGUGUGCACUGAAUGGCAUGGAUCUCAGCGUGAAUAAAUGUUCAGUUAUUACAUUCACACGUGCAAAAAAUCCAAUCACUUUUGAAUACACCGCAAAUGACCACAUCUUGCAGCGUCUAGCGGAAGUACGAGACCUGGGUGUCAUUUACGACUCCAAACUUUCUUUUAACGUACACUGUGCGGAUAUCUCCAGCAAAUGUAGGAAAACUAUGGGUUUCAUAUGUCGCAUGUCUAAAGAUUUUAGACAUCAAAACAGUGCUAUCACCCUAUACAGGUCCCUUGUGCUUAGCAGACUUGAGUAUGCGUCAAUAGUCUGGAAUCCUAAAUAUAAGGUACAUACUGACCUGAUUGAGUCGACUCAACGCCGUUUUGUGCGCUUCAUGUCUCAUAGGUAUGGCUUAAAAAGGGAACUUCAGACGUAUGCACAGCGUUCUGCUCAUUUUGGGUUGCCGAACUUGGGAAUUAGGCGGUCCUACCAGGACUUGGUAUAUUUGUUUAAAAUUAUGAAUGGGAUCCUUGCCACGAGCUUAUUAUCGCAGAUUCACCUCAGGAUCCCUACCAGAUCUGUUAGACGCGAGAUGUUUUUCUCUUUGCCAAUGUGCAACAACAAUGUAUCGUCUCACAAUCCUGUGAUAAGGAUGUGUCGCAAGUACAACGAGCUACUCUCGAGUGACAUGGGCGUGCCUGAUAUCCACAAUACCUCGCUUCACAAAUUUAAAAAAAUUGUUAAGAAAUUGUUAUUUGGUCGGUCCGAUAAUGAGGACAAUAUUGAAU